GGGAGGGCGGGGUUUUCAGCCCCGGCGGCGGGUGAGGCAAUUUCCAUGGUAACGGAAGCGGCGGUCACCUGACCAGCCGCCAUGUUUAACAUCAAAUUGUUGCUGCUCGGACCCCGAGAGAGUGGAAAAUCUGUUUUGGCAAAUUUUCUGUCAGAUGCAACUGAAGCCAUUGGUGGUGAUUACAGCCCAACACAAGGUGUCAGGAUUUUAGAGUAUGAAUGUCCAAAUGUGAUUGCCAAUGGGAAAAAUAUUGGUUGUGAAGUGGAACUCUGGGACUGCUCUGGUGAUCAGAAGUUUGAGACUUGCUGGCCAGCUUUAAUGAAGGAUUCCAAUGGAGUUGUCAUUGUGUUUAACGUUGAUGUGCCCAGCCACCUGAAGGAAAUUGAGAUGUUCUAUUCCUCCUUUGUACAGCAGCCACGGUUACAUGACUCUCAGUGUCUUCUGGUUGCUCACCAUAAACCCAACUCAGUAGCUGGCAAAGGACGGCCUAACCUGGCUCAGCAUCUGAACAAGUUGACUUUAAUCCAUUCAAACCUAGAGGAUGAUCCAGAACAAGUGCGUACCGCUUUUCGACAGUUCUUGGGAGCAGUCGUGAGCUCUCUGUCCGAGAGCAGAGACAAAGAAGAAAUGUCAAUCAUCACCUGAGAACACCAUUGCGAUGUCUUCGUCUGUAAAGGAUUGCCAAUUCUUUGUGUUUGCUUUAAUCACAAUCAGACUCCUAAAUCCUGCAUUUUUAGUCACUCAGCCUUUUUCCUAUUCAGAAUAAUUUGAAUUCUGCUUCCCAACAUAUGUGGACUUUUCAUCAGAUCAGUAUCCAACCUGUCUGCAUACACACCAAUCUUAAAAGACAGAAAAGUGCAUCAAAUUAAGAAAAUAUUUUUGGUGAAAUAGUUAGCAGCAAAUUGGCAAUUUGUGUAGAUUUGCAUAUUAUCCACAUUAUUGAUUCUAUACAAUGAUAUUGCAUUUAUUCAGGUUAGCAUUUCUACAAGUUGGUUGGUUGUUAAACAGUACAUUGAGUGAGCAGUGUUGUACUUUUUACAGAAUAAACUGGUCAGUGGUAGCAUGCCAUCUUUGAUUCUACUGGUCACAUUGCAGAUGAUUCCUACAAAAGCAAUAUCUGUCUGGCUCUGAAGUAUUUGCAGUAUUUACUUUGCAGUGUGAUUUUAUUAGCAAUUAAUGUCAGGCACAUUCAGGUACUGAAACUAAAAAUUAUCUUUGUGUACAACUCUGAAUAAGCAAUCAGAAGUCUGAUUUUCCUGACACCUUAAUUGAUGUAUUGAAAAAAUGUUUUGUAAAAGAUUGUCUGACUUCUCCUGUGUAAUAAACAUGAAGAUUUUAACAUGAAUCCAGUUUCUUAAUUAGUUAGUGAAAUAAUAAAACAGGCUGUUAAAUGUUAUUUAUUUAAUCCAUGUAUUUGCCACUGGUAUCUCAUACCUAGUAGUGGCAACUGAAGGAGGUUGAGUGAAUUAAUUUUUUGAUUGUUAUAAAUAAAUGCCUACUUUCA